AACAGAGACCUAUGAACUAGGAGAAUAUAGAAGGGUAGAGUUGUCACUUGAGAAUAUAGGCAACCUUUGGGAUAAGCGAGAGAGUAGGAAGAUGCAAAUAGAUUCCUCCAAAUAAUACUUAAAAAUGUUGUCGUCAAAAAAAAAAUAAUAAUUAGGGUAACCGUUGAGAAUCUCCAAAGAAUGCAUUUUUCAAAUAGUCAACGCUAGGAAUACUAUAUAAGCCCUCGUGUGAUCUCCAGACAUCAAUCAAAACAAAAACUUGAAUCAUAUCACAUUCUUGUGAAAGAACUAAAACAUUUUGCAUCAAUGGGUGAUUCUACUGGCGAGCCGGGAAGCUCCAUGCAUGGAGUGACCGGUAGAGAACAAACAUUUGCCUUCUCGGUGGCUUCACCGAUUGUCCCAACCGACAAGACAGCAAAGUUCGACUUGCCGGUGGACUCGGAGCAUAAGGCAACGGUUUUCAAGCUCUUCUCCUUCGCCAAACCUCACAUGAGAACGUUCCAUCUCUCGUGGAUCUCUUUCUCCACAUGUUUUGUCUCGACGUUCGCGGCUGCACCACUUGUCCCCAUCAUCAGGGAGAAUCUCAACCUCACAAAACAAGACAUCGGUAACGCUGGAGUUGCGUCCGUAUCGGGGAGUAUCUUCUCUAGGCUCGUGAUGGGAGCAGUGUGUGAUCUUCUAGGUCCACGUUACGGCUGUGCCUUCCUUGUUAUGCUUUCCGCACCAACGGUGUUCUCAAUGAGCUUCGUGAGUGGAGCCGGAGGGUUCAUAACGGUGAGGUUCAUGAUUGGGUUCUGCCUAGCGACGUUUGUGUCUUGUCAGUAUUGGAUGAGUACUAUGUUCAAUAGUCAGAUCAUCGGUCUGGUGAACGGUACAGCCGCCGGGUGGGGAAACAUGGGCGGUGGUGUAACGCAGUUGCUCAUGCCUAUUGUUUAUGAAAUCAUUAGGCGUUGUGGUGCGACAGCGUUCACGGCCUGGAGGCUUGCCUUCUUCGUCCCUGGUUGGUUGCACAUCAUCAUGGGAGUCUUGGUUCUCAAUCUAGGUCAAGAUCUGCCAGAUGGUAACCGAAGUGCCUUGGAGAAAAAGGGAGAAGUUGCCAAAGACAAAUUUGGAAAGAUUAUGUGGUAUGCCGUCACAAACUACAGGACUUGGAUCUUUGUUCUUCUCUAUGGAUACUCCAUGGGAGUUGAGCUGAGCACUGACAAUGUUAUCGCCGAGUACUUCUUUGACAGGUUCCACUUGAAGCUUCACACAGCUGGAAUCAUAGCAGCAUGUUUCGGAAUGGCCAACUUCUUUGCUCGUCCAGCAGGAGGCUAUGCAUCUGACCUUGCAGCCAAAUACUUCGGGAUGAGAGGGAGGUUAUGGGCGUUGUGGAUCAUUCAGACAGCAGGUGGCCUCUUCUGCGUGUGGCUCGGCCGUGCCAACACCCUCGUUACUGCCGUUGUAGCUAUGGUCCUCUUCUCUUUAGGAGCACAAGCCGCUUGUGGAGCUACCUUUGCUAUCGUGCCUUUUGUCUCCCGGAGAGCCCUAGGCAUCAUCUCGGGUCUAACCGGGGCUGGAGGAAACUUUGGGUCAGGACUCACACAGCUUAUCUUCUUCUCCACCUCACGCUUCACAACUGAACAAGGGCUAACGUGGAUGGGAGUUAUGAUAGUUGCUUGCACGUUGCCUGUGACUUUGUGUCACUUUCCUCAGUGGGGAAGUAUGUUCUUGCCUCCUUCCACAGAUCCAGUUAAAGGUACGGAGGAGCACUAUUAUGCUUCGGAGUGGAACGAGCAGGAGAAGCAGAAGAACUUGCAUCAAGGAAGCCUCAGGUUUGCCGAGAACGCCAAGUCCGAGGGUGGCCCUCGUAGCCGCUCUGCUACGCCGCCUCAGAAUACACCCAACAAUGCUUGAUCAUUCCAAGAUUAUAAUCCAUAAUUUUACUUAUGUGAAAUGGAAACAAACAAUGGAAAAAUAAGUAUCUAUUUCUUUCUUCAUAUUGUGUUUGUCUUUCUUGAAUUUGUUUUGUAUGUUUGCACCGAGCCUUUUUUGAUUAAAAGCUCUUUUUGAUUGAAGUGUAUCGCUCUUUAAGGUUAA